UCUUCUACUAACAAUUCCUGGAUAUAUGCUUACGGGUGUCAUUUGCGUAGUGGAAGGAAUUGUUGCAUAUGGCUACUACUAUCACAAACGAUGUGACCCAGUGGCGUCAAAACAACUGGCAAGUCCAAACCAGAUUGUUCCCUUGUUGAUCCUGGACCUCUUCCGGAGUAUGCCAGGGAUGUCAGGCUUGUUCUUGGCAGCUCUGUCGAGUGCUGCCCUCAGCACCAUAUCAUCCUUCCUCUCAGCCGUGGCGAAUAUCAUUUGGUAUGAUCUUGUGCAGCCAUGCAGACCAAAUAUGUCUGAAUUCAGAGGCGUUAUUGUUGCAAAAACGACAGUGGUGUUUACCGGUGGUCUGAGCUGUCUAGCGGCAAUUAUUGUCUCAUUCGUUGGAGCCAAAACACUCAUUCAGAUUGCUAAAACAUCCCUGGCUUUGACUCAGCAACCUUUGAUUGGAGUUUUCUAUUUAGGAGCACUAUUUCCCUUUGUCAACACGAAGGGAGCCAUUAUUGGACUUCUAACGGGUGUUGUGUUUAUGGCCUGGCUGACCAUAGGUUCAAUGUUCCAUGACAGUGGAGCACCAUCUUCCUACCUCCCCUUGGCGCCAGUUGACCAAUGUCCAAGUUUCAAUCUGUCCAUGCCGUCCCUCAACAUCACCAACAUGGAUAACUUCACCAAAACCCUUGGUCCAGAUUGCAGUUACCCAGGCGCUAAUAACAAGUCCGCCAUGGAGACAAUGUACAACAUUUCCUACACACUGUUCAGUGCCAUUGCAAUGAUAGUCGUCAUGCUGGUUGGGGUGUGUGCAAGUUUGAUAACAGGUGGAAACAAAACCCCGGUUGACCCACAGUGGCUGCUACAUCUUGAGGAUAUCCAAGUGCCGUGUAUACCCAACAGGGUGAGGCAGUAUUUCUGGCCGUCAAGAAAGUCCGGUCAGACUUACAAUGUGGCACUAACCAAGGAAAGCCCUGAGUCUCAAGAACUUAGAGUUGAAGCCACAGAGCUCAUCAAAGUAGAAUUGUAAAAUGAAUGGAAGUGUUUGAAACAUGCCAUUCUGCUUGGCGAAAUGAAACCACUUUAUUGAAAUAUUACGUUUGAUCGAUAUAUCAGAACAAAUUCCAUUUUUUUCAACGUUCUGCUAACCGGACAGGUUCAGUUAUCACGGAACCACAUGAAGUCAUCUAUUGACGUCAUAUAAUUCCAACGUCAUUUUAUAGCCUGGACAUCACCUCUGUCUCACUGAGAGUUCACGAACAUAAAGAAAAUACUGAUAACGUUUCUAUUUUGCAAUGUUCCAAACAUUGUGUUUUUAAACUGUUUUUAAUAUAUUACAAUAACAAUAAUUCAGUAUUCAUUAAA